AUGAAGGUUGCUAGCCUCGCUCUUCUUUAUCUCUUGCAGUCAACCCAAGCUGCUUCGCCCGCUGCUUCGCCCCCUGCUCCCGUAGCGACCGAUGUCCAUGGGUCUGGAGUCUCAUACCAUGGUAUCUACAAGAAUAGCAUCGAAGCCUUCCUCGGUAUCCGCUAUGCUCACGACACAGGUGGCGAAUAUCGUUUCAAGCCUCCACGUCCGUACACGCCAGAUCCAGGUAGCAGGAUAGAAGCAAAAGAUCCGGGUUCCUCAUGUCCUCAGCGGAAAGACUAUGGCCCUCUGGGCAUCUGGGGCACUUACGAUUAUGUCACUGACACGUCUGAGGACUGUCUUCGGCUCAACGUUUGGAGACCGAACGGCACGGCUGCUGGUGAUAAGCUGCCGGUGCUUGUAUAUAUACAUGGAGGAUCGUUCUUGACCGGCAACAAAGAUGGUAUCCUCGCCCAGCUAGGAGGCAUGCAACUCCAUGCCAUCGACAAUGGCCAUCCGAUCAUGAACGUCGAGCUGAACUAUCGGCUCGGAGUUUUCGGCUUCGCACAGACAGGCGCACUCCUGGCAGAAGGCUCCACGAACGCCGGUAUACGGGACCAGCGUGCAGCCCUCGAAUGGGUGCGAGACAAUAUAGCGGCUUUCGGCGGCGAUCCUGAUAAGAUCACCAUCCAUGGUCAAUCGUCCGGUGGUCUUGCCGUGGGCAUGCAGAUCAUGGCAUAUGGCGGCACCCGCCCAGUCCCGUUUCAACAAGCCAUUUGUCAGAGCCAAGCGCUUGAACCAGGAAUUACAGGUAACUCAACUCGGAAGUCAAUGGCCAGGGCAUGGUCUGUAUCGGUCUGCGCCAGCUACUCGUUCGAUUCUGCAGAGAACGUUGCUUGCCUUCGCAGCCUGCCAAUGCAACAACUCUUGAAUGCUCAGCUGAUCACUCACACCGCUCGAGUGGCUCGACAACAAGGUGACAACUGGCUGCCUGUAGUGGACGGCGAUAUCGUUCCAGCGGCACCGUCUACGCUCAUUGCGGAGCAUCGUUUCGCCAACGUUUCAGCGAUGAUCGGAUGGACUGUCAAUGAUGCUGUUUUGUUUACCAAUACGAGCAUCAAGACGCCGCAUGAGACGUAUCACUUUCUGAACAAGUACAUGCCUGGGUUUACGGUGGAAAAUGUUGAGAAGAUGCUGGCCUUGUACCCUUCUCCUGAUUUUCAGCCCACACGCUUCAAAAAUGGGACAAUCAAGCUGCAUGCCGAGACGUAUCGCGCUGCCCGGAUAUAUCGAGACCUGUUGUUUACGUGCCAGCCGAUACACUACGGUCAAGCUCUCGCCGCCGCAGGCAACCCGGUCUACUUCUACAACCAAAACCAGUCCAUGCUCCAACCCCUCCUCCACAAGCACGACGAGUACGGCUUCGGAGUCGUGCACACAGCUGAGCUGAUCUAUGUCUUCGGGAACCUAACCAAAUUCAAUCUACCAGGCUUCGCAUACCACCCCCGCCCAUCCGACCACCGCCUCGCGUCCCAAGAAAGCCGAUCAUGGUCGUCCUUUGUCGCCGUCGGACAACCUUCGCUCGAAGGCCACGACACGCUCCAAGGCUGGAAGCAAGCAGAUUUCGACGACGACAACUAUGGUGUGUAUGUGAUAGGUGGCAAGUACCCUGGCUACUCCGGCACGGGACCGAGCAGCAGUGCGAAGGCGAGAAAAGUCAUGCUGGACGAGAAGCUGAGCGAGCGGUGCGGUUUCAUCAACUCUCCCGAGAUUGUGAAAGAGAUGCUGUACUAG